GACAGCUGUCCAAUGGUUUGUUGUGUUGUUGAAAGGAAAAACGUAAACAAACGGGCGCACUCAUUACUGUUUCGUGAAAUUUUAUUAAGAAAAGCUAGUUAAAUUAUGACCCGCCACGCUAGAAAUUGUACUGCCGGGGCCGUUUACACGUACCACGAGAAGAAGAAGGAUGCGGCCAACUCGGGCUUCGGCACAACGUCCCGUCGCAUCGGGAAAGAUUCGGUCAAGAGCUUCGACUGCUGUUCCCUCACCUUGCAGCCGUGUCGGAAUCCAGUAAUAACUAAAGAUGGCUACCUGUUCGACAAGGAAGCGAUCCUGACGUACAUCAUCUCGAAGAAGAACGAGUACAGCCGGAAGAUGAAGGAGUACGAGAAGCAGAUGAAGCAGGACGAGGAGGAGGAUGCGGCCAAAGCGAACGCGGAGCUCCAGAAGAAGCUGGAUAAAUUCAUUUCCACCGAGAAGAACAUCGUCAGCAACAAAGCAGUCACACUGAAUGCAGAACAGCCCAGCACGAGCGGCGCCAUCUCGAACGUGUCGCUCGGCAAGCGUAAGGAGCUGCCCAGCUUCUGGGUACCGUCGCAGACGCCGGCCGCCAAGGUGUCGCGCAUCGAAAAGCCGGACAGCAAGAUCUACUGUCCCGUGUCGAACAAACCGCUCAAGGCGAAGGAUCUGAUCGAGGUGAAGUUUACGCUGGUGAAGGAUCCGGCCGACAAGAAGUCACUGAUCGCGAAGGAAAACCGGUACAUGUGUGCGGUGACGCAUGACAUCCUGAGCAAUUCCGUACCGUGCGCAGUGCUGAAACCGACCGGAGACGUCGUUACGAUAGAGUGUAUUGAAAAAAUCAUCAAAAAGGACAUGAUCCACCCGCUGACGAAUGAAAAGCUCUCCGAGUCGGAUAUUAUACCACUACAGCGGGGCGGUACCGGUUUUGCAACGACGAAUGAAAAACUGGAAGCCAAAGAGCAAAAGCCAUGUCUGCAGGUUUAAGUGUGUGAUUAAGUAACUUCAAGAUUCAAAACUCAAUAAAAAUGACCUAGAUGCUAAGAGGGAAC